AUGCGUUGGCUCACCCCAGCCUGCUCGUUCAUCAGGUACCUGUCGUACUACCGACGCUACCACUCUUACCUCUACCCGCCCUGCCAGCUUUUUGGCCUGCCGGCCCGCCACCGCUACGGCUGGCCAACGCACGCUGCAAGCUGCACACUGCACACGCACCCGCUGGACUUGGGGCUCCGCACCGCCUUCUUCCUGGUGAAGCUACUGCUCGAGCUGCCUGGCGCCCGAAUAGCUUCACCUCUCAUGGGACCAGUAUCAUGUCCAUGCAGCGCUCCCUCUCUUCGCCAGUCCGUACGCAAUCCACGCCCCCCUACUGACGUUGCUACAGCUCCCCAACUCGCUUCCGCUGCGCCAGCCAACGCGCCACCGCCGUCGAUAGACCUCUCGACCAAGCCGCACCGACCCGUCCGGCACCGCUCCCCCAGUCCCAGGCCUACCUCUAGCUCCCGGACCCUUGAUGCCAGGCCUUCCCGCAGGAAUGACGAUACUUUGCGGCCCAUCCGUCUCCAGGACGGUCCCCAGGCCGCAAAGCCUUUGCUGACCGACACCACGGCCUCUGCCCUGCCACCCGCGUCUGUUCGUCCGUCCCAGGAGCUCCCCAUGAGGUCCCAUACCAUCCAUGGGGAGAGGUUAGCCGCUCGCAAACCCCGGCCCCUCAUCGAUAAUGUCGCCCUCUACACCAACCACAACUUGCCCGUGCCCAGGGACACCACCACCCUCCAGGAGCUAGCCCACUUGACCCGACUGUCCAGGUACCAAGCCCGCAAGAGGAAUAUCACCCGUGUUCGUCUGGAGAGGACCCUCAUCAGCACCGCGCUCGGCGCCCGCCUGACGCGCUGCGGUCACAUUGCCCACCGCAACUUGGUCGACAGCUUCCGCAAGGACGAAAAGGACAACUUUGCCGCCCUGUACAAUGCCGUACAGGACGUCAGAAAGAGCUGCGACGAACUGAGGAGAUUUGCCCUUCUCGAACCUGACCUGGAAUCCCAGUCCUCCCCCAUCCUUGGCUCCUCCGAAAGCGUCGACACUAUUUCGCCCCCUUCCAAUGACGAAGCCCCUCCACGCCCCGCGGCCACCUUUUUCGACGACAUUUCUGUCUCAGCUAGAGACUGUUUCCUUGAGUUCCUCUCCGAGAUCCGGAAUAACCCGGAUUACUUGCCCGCUAGGAUAUCUUCCCUCUCCAGCUCGGAGCUCAACGUCUUUCUUACCCCCCAUCGCGGCCUCGAACCAGUCGAGUCUGUCCUUUCUUCCACCAACCGCUCCUAUGCCCGGAACUACCCCAGCAACCGCCACGCCGUCGGCGACGUCGAGCGCUUCAUGUCCUUUCAGCGCCACGACCCACUUUCCAUCCUCAUUCACACUUGCUUUGCUAACUCGGCAGGCCCUGACAGCAGCGAGGACCGAAAACGCUUGGAGGUCUGGGCCUCGGUCCUGGCCAAACUCAUAUCGGAGCCCAAGUCCUCAAGUGAGCACUUCUUGAUCUGCGUACUCAACUGCUGGACCAUGAUGCGCGAGUGGUCCGGAAAAUCCAACAUGGAAUGGUACCUCAUGAAGAUCCUGUCUGACGGCGCCUUUCUCCUCGAAAGGGCCGAAGACCAACAUGGCACCCGCUUCAAUCUCUCCGAUUGGACCCAGGCCGACGAAAUUGCUUCCCGCGAGUUUUACGAGAAUGCCGUGGACCAGCUCUUUGAGAUCGUGGAUGACCCGGACAAUACUGGAAUCCCGGAUGGCCUGCUUGAACUUGGCAACGCCGUCCUGAAGAAGUUGGACAGUAAGUAUCUCGACAACACAUCCAAAUGGCUUGUCUGGAGAUGUCUCUUUUUUGUCUUCUUCCUCGGCGUCAUUGUCUAUCCAGAGUCACACGGAAUGCUUACCGAGCACCACAUCACCCCCUAUGCCAGGGAAAAGAUUCUGAAAAAGGUUGCCAUGAAGGCACACGAAUACGUUUCCGGUCUCUGGAGCGGAAACAAGUCUACUGCCGCCAAGACAGCUGAUAUUCCGCGCCAUAUCCAGGUCCACAUCGAGAGCAUUCUGGCUAGAUUCCAAAACUCCGAGUACAAACCCCCUGCUUCUCGUCUCUUGCCUGCCAAGUCGAUAACAUCUCUUCGCGAAACGGUAGAAGUUCACCCCUAUCUAGUCCUGUGUCCGGCGGACCUGUCCUGCUUGGUGAAUGCCCUGUAUCCGGAACGCCGUCCACUAUCGUCCGCCUCGAGCACGUUCAAAUCUGGCUCUGCCUCCAUAUCAGGCCUUUCCUCUGCGUCCACACCUGUGGCCUUUUCCAACCCGAGAAACAGCUUUGAGACUGCAUCGGUAAUUAGCACUAGUGUAUCCUCUGUUUUUAGCGAGGCUGCCUCUCGCGACGACCAUGCUGAUGGCUCCGCCAAGACUACUUCAGUGCGAGACUCGCCCACCAUCACAGAACCAGAUCUACAGCGCAAGCUCAACAAAUACGAGGACGGCGGCUAUCCGCUUCGACUUGCGCUUCACGAACUAAGCCGAACUCUCGGUUCAGACCUCGUUCGUGGCGCUAGCCACCCUUGCGCAGAACGUUGGGUGGUGCUUUUUGUGUCGUCCGAUGGCAAGAAGCUAGAGACGAGUCUCAGCUACGACGCUGAUGAAGAACACGAUGAGCGCAAUUCGUCGAGUAGCGACUACGAUAACGAAACUGCAUCAACAUCCGAGCUAGACAAGGGCUACUACCAACUGCGUGAUGCAGUCCUUAAGCUGGUGGAAGAAUACGAAAUUCCUCGAGAUCUGGAAGCAGAGGCCAGCGAUGUUGAAAUUUCCAAUCGUCCGUCUAGGCUGAAAAAGCCUAUGCCGAAACGCACCGCUAGGCGAGAGAAGCUUGCUCCGGAGCCAACUGGUGGUGUUUCAAUACGCCGAUCACACUCGCCGCACACAUCGCCUCGGCCUGUGAUCCAUUCCGCCGAGCCCGAAAAAGAGGCCCCGCUCCUCACAAUGCUUAAAGCAGCGUGGUCUCAGUCCAAAGCGCAGGCCGACUUUGUGUCGUCACAUAUGUACUGGAGGACACUGAAUCAGCUUCGCAGCCUAAGCUCGGAAUCUCUGCGACGCAAUGGAUAUGCGGCGCUCAUCAACAUAUUUUCCCGUGAACCACGAGACUAUAUCAGCAAGUCGGCCAUUGCUAUUGAAGAAUACGAAGCCUGGCUGGUCUGGCUUAAGCAGAGUCAGGAGCGUCUAGAGUGUCAGAUUGAUCUCAUGAUGCGGCAGACGAGGGCGAUUCGCGAUAAGAUGUGGUACAUUGCUGAUGUUCGCAACUCCAAGGAGUACGAACACAGCCGUGACAUUUGCCAAGCACUUCGUGCCAUGGGCACCACAAGUCGCUGGCGCUCGCCAACCUCGCGGUCGGGCAAGAGCAGCUCAUACAUUAACAAGGCUGAGUCUCAAGUGUUGGACAUGAUUGCAGCCUUGCCUGACCAAGGCGGACCCAACAAAUUGAGUGACGAGCAAGCAGAUUUGACAUCGGCUUGGCUCAAACGAUAUGGGAUCGAAAACUUUUGCCAGGGAGAAGAGAGGAUACACCGUUUCUGCUGCGAGGUAGAAAGAUGCGUGGGAAAACUGGUUGGAGAAACAAUUAGAGAGGCCCCAGUGCUGUGGUCCAGCGAGCUCUACAAACGGGACAAGGCAAUGUACGAUCGGAUGAAGAUGCGGGAGAGAGACCAUGGGUGGUCAAGCGAUGACACAGCUAGCAUCAUGAGCGAAAAUGAGCGACGGCAAACAUUUUCUUCGCUGCGACCCUCGACCUUUGGAAGAGAUCUGCGGACCGUUAGCUCACAAAACACAUCCCUGGAAUCUGUUCGGCAUGGGUUUGCAAGACAUGCCGCGUCGCUGUCCGAGGUACUUGAUGGCCAUGACAGCUUUGACCGAUACUCGCCUGUUCAAUCAUCGGAUUCGGUCCACACUUUCUGGUCGCCAUUUCAGCCGCCCAGAUCUCCUGCCUCCGGCCGCGCCUACUCUCCCACUACCAGCUUAACAACGUCGUCUACCGAAACGGUGUACCAGCACGUUGCUGAUGGAGAUCGGGCCAGGUUUCUCACAGAGCUCAGACAAUCCCUGACAAGCCUGCUGUUGUCUGACCUGGGUAGCCAGCUCCUAUCCAAAGGAUCCGAAACAGACAUGUGGGUGGCGCAGCUGGGGCAGGAAUGUAUCGACCGCAAGGAGGCGCUGGAGCAGCACGCCCAACGAAAGAGUGCGCUGAAGGAGAAGCCAAGCCGCAGUUCGACAAAACCUAGGGUCAUUGAGAAGAAGAAAAGCUUUGGCAACCUCCGUGGUGCUGGGGAGAGCGCACUGGAGCGGCUAGAUGGGGUGGAUAGUUCCUCGAGUCCAAGCACGUCGAGCUUUCUCACCCAGCUGGAAGAUACUCAGCCUGGGAAGCCGAGAGACCAGGACGCAGAAUUUCCAUUCAGAAAUGCCUACCGACGCCUGUUAACCAUGUUUUCGGUGCAUCCGAAUCCCUACGCUAAGCUACAGGCGUUGAAGGAACUUGAGCAUCUCUUGGCGGCGUCGAUGCCAGCCUCGGUACGCAAAAAGUCAAGAUGGAGACCGGAGAUGGCGACCAGUCAGGAGACCAGGGACAUGGCGCCUCGACGCACAACCCUAGAUGGAGCCAUUGACUCAGUCCAAGAAAAGCGGAUGCAACAGACGGGCAAUUACAACCUGUACGCCGCCAGUGGCGGGUCUCGUGGGACGUCUGGAACCGACGCCAUUAUUCCGGAGCUGAUGAAGCUGUUCAAGGACCCGUCGAUGCGGCCAAAACAGCUGUACCGUGACCUGCAGCUGAUUUCAGCCUUCGUCUCACCGGCCGUGCUUGAUCGACCGGACAAAAGUAAGGCUUUUUGGGAUGUAGGAUUGGCGGCGCUGAAGCUCAAGUCGGAGGUGUGCCGGACCAUGGUGGAAAUGGCAGACGAAGUGUUUGCAGCACAUACACAGACACGAGGCUCCGCCAUCGACACGAACGCGGGAGGCGCACCCGUGCAGUCGUGCACAGGCACCCCGCCGCCACCGUCGUCGACGUAUAAGCUCAAAGACGUAGGCCGGAUGUGGGCCAUUACGGCUCGUGAGGGCUACCCGACGGCGCAGCGCGAGCUCGCCCUGUUUUAUCUGUCCAACCCCGAGUUUGUGGAACGCAUCACACUGCCUCUGUCGAAGCCGCGCGAAGUCUUUAAGCAGGUCGUGAUGGACAAGUACAAGCGCAACGAGAAGCGCAGCAGCGGCGUGGGGGGGCAGAGUGGGGGUGGUGCCGGCGCGGCGGCACUAGGCGGCGGCCCGCAGACAACGGGCAAGGACAGCGACGUGAGAAACGACCCGGGGUUGAUGUGCGUAGCCGUGCACUGGAUGGAGGCGGCGGAGCGAGGCGGCGACGAGCUUGCGACGAGCUUUUUGCGACAAAAUGAAUUCAUGGUACGGGGAUGA